UUCCGUCAUAUGUGUUUCUCAAAUUUGAAAAAAGCUAGGAAAGUCUACAGAAAUGGUUGUUGUGAAAAUCGCAUUUUCAAAGUUUUUCGGUAGUAUAAUGAAUUUAUUAGGAUUUUUAAUAUUUUUAUUAAUAUGUGGUAUUGAAAUAUCAGAAGGUUCCAAGGCAGAGUUUGUAACUUGCGGUACAAUUUUGAAACUGAUAAAUACGGAUCUACGUUUGCGUCUUCACUCUCAUGAUGUUAAGUACGGAUCGGGCUCCGGCCAGCAGUCGGUCACAGCUGUCGAUGUUUCAGACGAUCACAACAGUCAUUGGCUAGUGCGACCGGCUAUGGGAGAAACAUGCAAACGCGGCGUACCAAUAAAGUGUAACACAAAUAUAAGGCUGCAACAUGUAUCCACUAAGAAGAACUUACAUUCCCACUACUUCUCGUCACCACUGUCUGGUAACCAGGAGGUGUCAUGUUACGGUGAUGAUGAAGGUGAAGGUGAUAGCGGAGACAAUUGGACCGUUGUGUGCAACAAUGACUACUGGAGGAGGGAUACUCCUGUCAAGUUUAGACAUAUAGAUACCUCUGCAUUUUUGGCUGGAUCAGGAAGAACUUUUGGCCGACCCAUCAGUGGCCAAGGUGAAAUAGUUGGCGUAACAUCACAGUAUGGAGCAUACACAGACUGGCAAGCCAAGGAGGGCCUGUUUGUACACCCCAGUGAUGCCUUACCCAACCAGGGUGCAGUUCAUACAGAGUUAUAAGACGCUCAACUAGUAUAUUUUGUAUUUUUAUAAGUUAUUGCAAUAGACAUCAAAAUGUUCCAUAGGUAAUAAUUGAGCAUUUAACAAUAUGAAGGAUGAAACAAAUAUACAAUUUUUAUCAAUUUGAUACUUAAUGGUGUAUAUAUCUUUCAUUUGUAGUAUCAAUAGGUUUUCAAUUAUAAUAGGGAUGCCCUAUAAUAUAAAUUAGAUUACAACAAGACAUAUUAUAAAUACAAAAUUCGAAAUGAAUUAUGAAAUUGUACUGCCAAAGAUAAAGUAAAUAGGUAUAGAAAAUGGCAACAAUUAAAUCUCUGUGCAACAGAAAUGUAUUCCAUAAGGAUAUAAAAUUAACAAAUUUUGUAAUGUGAAUACUUUCCUGUAUGAACCAUCAAUUUGUACAGGUUAUUGGCAAAGCCCAAUUGCCCAAGGAGUAAUACAUAUAAAAUUUUAUAUUGCAAUUUUGAAAUGGUCUCUGUAGGUAGAUUUGUGUAAUUUAGAAGGUUUUAUUCAACUAGUUAACAAUUAGUCUGCGCUAGUUACUUAUUUUGAACAAUAGGAUGCAUAAACAGUAAAUUUGUACAAGUCCAAAAAACUAGAAUCUAGUUUUAUACACAUGCACAACUAAAUAGUAUGUUAUUAAUUUAUAUGAUGUGAUGAUGUGAGAAGUAAAUGUGAUAAACAAAUAAAA